CUUCAGUAGACUAAAUGUCAUGGUAAUGCAAUGUCAAGUGAAGUACUGAAUUAUCAUCUCUCUCAAAAGUUACACCACCUCCCGGCUUCCCAGCAAAAACAGUUUAACUCGUCGUGUUUGUGGACAGCGAAAAGUAACAAUGGCUCAUCAAAACCGCUGGUUAAUUCCCUCAACCGGUACCAUGACCGUAGCAGACAGUCUCCAGGACCUCCCACAAACACCUCAACCCCUCCCAAGAAAGCCCCAAAUUCCAGUCCACGCAACACCAAGACAUCACCCCGCACUAUAAAAUCUAAACUUACUCCACAAACGAGCCCUAAAAAUGGACGGUACAACAGAGUGGAUCAGGGGAGGGGUGGACCAGGGGUGUCACCGCCUAAUGGCUCCGUCAAGAAACAGCUCUACAAGCCUGCAUCUCAGCUCAUUCAAGCACCAAUCCGAAGAAACUCCUCUUCUGAAUUUCCCCCACAACCCAUCCGGCGCAACUCCUCCGAGCUGAUAGUCUUAACACCACGUGGCGCAACUAACGCACUUCCUCGACCUCCUUCUAGAGCUCCAACACAAGCAGAAAUCGUUGGCACUCAAAUCAGAACAAAAAACAGACCUUACUCACCAAAGGCUGGCGGUAAUCUACCAGAUCAGUACCGAGGGUACAUGACCCCCGCUCCGUGUCCUACACCACCUCCCUCCUAUAAGUCUAGCAAUAUCAACCAUCACAGAGUCAACAGUGCUAAAUAUAGCGAACAGAGCAGGUUCUCCUCCCUGUCCUACACGAUUUCAGAAGGUAGAGUCAGCACCCCCGGUGUAAUCCCCCAAGUAACAGGACGUGAAACUCCGGGGGUUAUGUCAGGGAGACCUGAUAGUGUGGAUUAUGGGUAUGUGUCCGGGAUCAGCUCCUCCGUUAACACUCCGCACAGUCCUAACAAACAUUCAGAAUACCGCGGUGAUACGCCUCAAAUCAAAGAGGAGCCAGGUUACUAUGGUUACUAUGAUAACGGUUACUCUCAACCUAGAUACGGAUCUUGCCAAACUCCUUAUCAGUACCAGUAUCAGACUCCAGACCGACUCAACUCGGUGCCAAGUCUGACCAUGACAGCGCAGAGCCUGACCCAGACGCUGACGGCGCAUAGUCUGACGACAGCGGCGACUGUGGCGUCAAGUGCGAUUGGCAAUGCUAACACGAGUUUAUCUCAACUGUUGAGUACACUGCCGAGUGAUAACACCCUACAUUCUCUUCCUUGCUUACCUAAUGAUGAAGAUCGAUCCAAAGAUCUCCACUCAACCUUUUACCAGACAGUUAACAACAAUAACAAUGAAGAAUACAACAAACAGAUUCAACCUCCAGUACAUUAUCAACCGGAUAACCUAUCUGCAAAUCCUCCCUCCAACCACGCUGGACAGAACUAUCCCAUGCACCACCAAAUGUCACCGAAUCAGGUGAUGACGACACAAAACCAGGUGAUGACAUCACCGAACCAGGUUAUGACGUCACAGAAUCAGAUAAUGACAACACAGCAUCAAAUAAUGACGUCACUCACUCAGCAUAUACCGCAAGGAGUUUAUAACAACUAUAAUGGUGGUUCAGCUGUUCUUCAAACGAACUCCGAUCAUUCAGAGUUUAGCGCAUUGACUCAGGAGGCAUCGCAGUCAACACCUUACAAAGACUACAAGAAUUAUGAAAUCAGUGAAAACCCCAGCUGCAUGGAACAAUCUCCUCCAGCAGCUUUCAUGAUGACGUCAUCAAAUGGCCACUUGACGUCAUCAAAUGAUCACAUGACAAACAAUCACAUGAUGUCACAGCAAGCUGCUCCCCCGCUAUCUCACAUGAACGCCGAACAAGUCAACUCUGAUCAGAACAACGUUUAUCAGAACAUGCUGAUGAAUUCACCUGAACACUUAAUGAAUUCACCCCAAAACACCUUAUCACCGGGUCACACACUAUCACCUUGUCACACACUAUCACCAAAUGGAAGCAUGGUUUCAAAUGGUCAAAUGGUGUCACCAAAUCAAAGUAUGGUUUCAAAUGGUCAGAAUAUGGGAUCAUCGGGUCAAAACAUGGUGUCUCCAGGCCAACAAAACAUGGUAUCACCGGGACAAUAUCACCUAUCACCCGGUAACCAGAUCACCUCACCGGGAGGAGUGUCCGUCACCAGGCAUGAGAUGGAUAACCUAAACAUCAACCAACCAUCUCCAGACAUUCCUGAUAAAAAGGUUAUCAAGGUGGAGCAGCAAGAAUGUGAGCUUGAGUUAACUAGAGAGAAACCCUCGACCGAAGAGACGAAUCUCCUCCACAUGCUGGAAACAGAAGCUAACGAAUCUAACUCCCGUAAAACUGACACUGAACAGGCCCUGAACGAGUUUAUAUUCGACUACGAGGACAAGCUCUCUGAUCUGAGUAGCAUCAAGCUAGAUGUGGGGUCGGAAUACUCUUUUACGCCAGAUGGAGGAGAGGGUUUCUUCCCGGAGGAUAUGUUAGCGGACUCUCCCAAGCCUCUUCUCAACAUGAACCACAGUGCUACCAGGCAUAAAUACAAGCUUAUCAACUCCAUGGCAGGUUGGCUCGUUUCUGAUGAGGAUUUACCGAUGCCAAAUUUACAGAAUGCGUCAUCAUGCGCUCAACGCUCAGCACUUGUGCACAAAGAGGAAUAUUCAUGGCGCUCUGUAUAUAAUGGUAACAUGUCAAUGGUCGGUGUUGAGUUGGGCUGUAUUCCACAUUGCAUGGUGGAAACAAUUCUCAGCUCUGCAGUCGCUCCUGUCCUGAAUGGAAUCAAAAGCAGUGGUUUGAUGCAUGUUCCUGAAAGCUCAUACACGAAGUUUAUGUCUACAAUUGAAACCCCUAGGGAGCCUUCUCAAUGGGAACUGAACGGAACUGCUGCCGUAAAAACUGGUCUGAAGUUGGCAGGACUGGGAGGACUGGAACAUUUAGAAGAGGAUGAAGACAAGAAACCAUUUUCUUGUGAUUACAAUGGUUGCAACAAAAGAUAUGUAAAACAAAGUCAUCUUGAGAUGCACAAACGGAAACACACUGGAGAGAGACCAUACCCCUGCGAAGUGUGUGAGAAACGGUUUUCGAGAUCUGAUCAAUUGAAGAGGCACAUGAGGCAACAUACAGGUGACAAACCAUUCAAGUGUUCGACCUGCGAGAAACAAUUCUCAAGAUCAGACCACUUGAAAACUCACAUGAGGACACACACGGGCGAAAAACCUUUCAUAUGCAUGUGGGGCGACUGCACCAAGAGGUUCGCAAGAUCGGACGAGUUAUCACGACACACGGCGAUGCACGAGAAACAUCUAAAGAAACUGAUGAUAACACCCGACAUAUACCAGACCUGAGAUAAGAACGUAUUAAUUCAUGUUGCUAUGCAGUGACUUGUAAUAUUACCGACUCCGACCAAACAUACCAGGAUGUUUGAUUAAGAUAUUCUUUAUGAUAUGAAACGCCGUAAAAAACUACCAGCUGCGACAAGAUACCAGGCACCAGCUGCCAAAGGAAGAAAUAGUCUGAAAAAAGAGGCUGAACUUUACGGUGGAGGACCUAAUAUCGAGGUGGCAGCUCUUGAUGAGAAAUCUACUCCGUUUUGGAACUGCUGAACAUCUCUCGUCGGAUAAGCUCAGUGUAAACGUUCACUAGAUUUUUUCUUGACGAAAAUAUUCUUGUGUUUAGUUCUCUUUAUUAAGCCAUUGCUCUAUACAGUCACUUAAAAGUCUUGUCAGUGAUCUGAAACAUUAUGAACAAUUUUCCUGGAAACUAUAGCGAUUUGUACGAUUUGAAUUUAUACUUUGUAAAUAGUUAUGUUUUUAUAAAUUGUGAUUAGAUUUAGAUUAAGAUCCGCAUAGCUUUGAAACAAAAUAAAAACCUGUAAGUGGUGAGAAGCAGCCGACAAUCCGACUUGGAGGCUCGAGAGCGUGUUGUUUACUUCUCAAAACUUGUAACUGUUAAUAAUGAUUUAAAUUACAGACUUUAGCUCAUUUGGCGUGUAAUUUCAGUUUUCGAGAGCUUGGCACACAUCCAAUUCCAUUUUCAGAUUUCAGCAAGAGGUAUAUUUGAAGUUGUGGAAAGUUGUAUUUUUAGAUAGUGUUUAUAUCACCAAGUUAUAUUAUACUCUACCGCGAGAGAGAAAAACUAAAAGCGGGUAUUUCCCAUAAUAUUAAUUAGCUUAUGAACAAUAGUGCAAAUAAAGAUACAUUAUGACAAGGUACAAUAUGUGUUAGAGGUUUUAUGUUUAAAAAGUUUUUUCCACAGACAAGGUGAUAUUGGUCACCAGGAUGUGAUUUAAUGUUAAAUUCAAAAUUGGCAAAUUUUUCUUUUUCGUGUUCAAUUCCUGCCUACCUGCCUAGGUCGAUCCAGAUGUUCAAUUAUGUUCAUACAUAUAUGUGUGCAAAGUUUUUUACUGUGAAAGGUUUGAGAAGGUUUUUAUGAAAAUAGAUGUACACAGAGUAUGAUUGUUUAUAUAAUUAAUACUUCAUUGUUUUAUCUUUUUACAGCAUGUUAGAAAAGGAACA